AUGUCUACUGCAAUUCCCGAUGGAUCAAUAGUCUUAAUUACUGGUCUCAAUGGCUACAUUGCAUCUCACAUAGCUGAUCAACUGUUGAAAGCUGGAUAUCGAGUGAGGGGUACCGUUAGAGAUGCUUCUAAAGUCAAGAACUUGAUCGACCAGUGGGAGAAACUAUAUGGAAAGAAUAGGGUUGAGGUGGCAGUUGUACCAGACAUGUCUGCUAAAGGGGCAUUUGAUGAAGUUGUGAAGGGUGUAUCUGGCAUCGUUCACGUAGCGACAUCAAACAUGGUCUUUACACCAGAUCCAAACAAGCAAAUUCCAGAUGCACUUGUCUGGGUAGACACUCUUCUUAAGUCUGCAGCCUCGGAACCGAGUGUAAAACGUUUUGUGGUCACAUCCUCUUCCUUGGCGACAACCAUGCCGAAGCCCAAUAAGGAAUUCUAUGUCGAUGAAAACACAUGGAACACAGAGGCUAUUGAAGCAGCACAUGCUCCACCUCCAUAUGAACCCUCAAGAGUGUGGGCUGUUUUGGGGGCUAGUAAAACUGAAGUCGAGCAAGCAGUGUGGAAGUUUGUAAAGGAAGAGAAACCAGGCUUUGUAGCCAAUGCUGUUCUUCCAGACACAUGUAUGGGUCUGAUCUUGGAUCCAACACAAGAUGCAUCUACUGGUGGCUGGGUUCGAAAUCUUUACAGAGGGGAUAAUUCUGAGAUGCUAAAUCUACCUCCGCAGUAUUUCGUGGAUGUGCAGGAUGUAGGACGUCUUCAUGUUUCAGCAUUGGUAGGCGAUGACGUGAAGAACGAAAGACUACUUGCAUCUGCCGAACCAUUUAAUAACAACACUUUACUGAGGACCUUCCGCAAAAUUCGACCUGAUGCGAAAAUCAUGGAUGAUUUUCACGAUGACAACGUCAACGAUUUAUCAAAGGUCGCUAACCAAAGGGCUGCGGAGCUUUUGCGAAGAGAUUUUAAACUUCCUGGUUUUACAAGCUUGGAGGAAUCUUUGACAAACAAUAUUCAAGGGCUCUAG